AUGCCUCCCAAAACACCAAGGCCAACUCCCAGUAGCCGACGUCGAGACAGCUCACCUUGGGAUUCCAGUCCCAUUUGCAAGUAUGCGUUGCCCACGGCGAACGUCCAGGAACUGAAGCGGGAACUAAAGUACCGCCCGCUCUCCACCGACUUCUGGAUCCCCAUCCCGUCGCGGGCCAUCAUUACCGCGUUCCUUAACGCCACGCCCGUACCGCUAGUCCUCGAGCGCGACCAGGCGGUCAGGACGGAGCACAAGAUGGCGGGGCUGAUUCACGGGGUCCUGCUUCGGUACUUUCUUAUCCGGCAGCUGCGAGUCAUGCUCUACGACGACGAUGGCGGCGACGUUAAAGGAGGGGGCGCAGCUGUGGCGCAGCGGAGGCGAGGAAGUGGAAGACGACAACAAGCAGACGCGGAGGAGAGUCCACGGCGCCGCCGCCGCAGCCGGUGCAAGGCGGUCAUAGCCCUGCUGAAAAGGGAUGUGCGCGACCUCGAGGUCGAGUAUAUCUUCCACUGGUUCGACCUGCGGAGCGCGGAAUACAUGACGAGGUUAAAGGCAGAGGUUGAAGAGGGCUGGGAUCGGCAUGCUGGACCUGGGGCAGGGAUGUGGACGAUGCGGAGUGCCGCGCCGGUGGUGAAGCGCAAGGACUUGAUAGGGGCGCGGGCACCCGCGGCGGAUCAAACGGCACCCACGGCGGAUCAAGCGGCACCCACGGCGGAUCAAGGCGCGGGGACCCGCGCCCUAUCACAUCCCGUGCAGCGCAAAUAG